UGCGCCGCUCUGCGUACAGUUACGGUACUGGUGCUGAUGAGAGCGAGGAGGAGGAUGUGUGAUGCUGCUGCUGCUGCUGUUGUGUCCUGCUGCCAUUUCAUCCGCGGAUCCUCACCGAAAAUAAUCAACCUCUAAAUGAAGCUCAGAGGGAUCAUCUCCCGGUGUGAAACACCCUCAACAGGCGGCUUUCAUCUCUGAAAAGCGGUUGCACAUGUUGAUGGAGGACAAGAGGCCUGGUCAAUAGGAUGCGUGGGUUAUUUCUGUAACACAACCACUGCUACUCUGGAGGAUCAUUUUUAGAAGACCUAAUCAUCAAUAUGGGGUUUGCUUUUUACAGAUACUGAGCUCUUAUCUUCGAGAUUUUAUUUUGGUCAGAUAUGGAGACGAUAUGGCUUUAUCAGUUUCGUCUGAUCGUCAUCGGAGACUCCACGGUCGGCAAGUCGUGUCUGAUCCGGAGGUUCACGGAGGGCCGCUUCGCCCAGGUGUCUGACCCGACGGUGGGAGUGGACUUCUUCUCCCGCCUGGUGGAGAUCGAGCCGGGCAAAAGAAUCAAACUACAGAUCUGGGACACCGCGGGACAGGAGAGGUUCAGGUCCAUCACCAGAGCUUACUACCGUAACUCAGUGGGCGGGCUCUUGCUCUUCGACAUCACAAACCGCCGCUCCUUCCAGAACGUCCACAACUGGCUGGAGGAGGCCCAGAGCCACGUCCAGCCGCACAACAUCGUCUUCCUGCUGGUCGGCCACAAGUGCGACCUGGAGGCCCAGCGUCAGGUGACCCAGCAGGAGGCGGAGAAGCUUGCGGGGGCCUUCGGGAUGCGCUACGUGGAGACGUCGGCGCGAGAAUCCAUCAACGUGGAGAAGGCGUUUGUGGAUCUGACGAGGGAAAUCUUUGAGCUGGUACGGAGCGGGGACAUCAAGAUCCAGGACGGCUGGGAGGGCGUCAAGAGCGGAUUGGUCCCCAGCACUGUCCAUUCCUCCGAGGAGGUCACCAAGGGCAGCCGGCAAUGCUUCUGUUGAUUUACCUGGCUGCAGCAUGUUGGGGGUGACAGGUAGUAGUAGUACUUCAGUGGACUCCCAUCUGUAGGAGAUUUCUCUCUCUCGCUCCUUGACUGCACAGUUUUUCGGGGACUUGUAAUAUUUUCCCCGCUCACACUUUCCUUCUAUAUAUAUAUAUAAGACUUUGUUUUAUCUUUCGGGUGCCUGUUUAUGGCUCUUCAUUGAUGUUCCUAACAGGCGUAGAAGCACAAGAAGCAUCCUAACUCUCUCCCUGUUCUGUGUGCAUGUGUGUGUGUGACUGUAAUAAUCUCAACACCUUCAGCUUUACUGCACUUUUGGCCUUUCCUGAUGUGUACAGUUAUACUCCAGUGAGCCAGUUGUUGGCGCACAUCUCUUAAAGACUGAUACUGUCAGUGUGUUUAUAUCUCUCUCAUGUUAAUUUAAAUCUGAAUCAGUGAUGCCGAGACUGAGCCAUGCCUCUUCCAUUUCAUGCAUAAUAUAUUGUAACCGUGUACGGACUGUAUAAUCGGUGAGUGACAAGACAGAAAGGGAUCCUCACUGAUUGUACUGCACUACAAAUCCAAGUGGCUUAAUACAUAAAAGAGAGCGGAGGAUAUUGAAAGUGAACUCAAAUUGAACCAAAGUUUGAGACUCAGCCGGACUCUUUGUCAUGUUUGUUUGUCUGACUGCGACCUGCUAAUGACGGCUGGAGAAACUGUGAAAAUGUCCAAUGGUACAUUUGAUGUUUGCUGAAAGGAAAAAGCUACUGUAGCUGCUCACUGAUAGCCAUUAUGACUUGACCAUAGCAAGGAUUUUUAUCAACAUGGUAAGUACCCAAGUUCAUGUUUACUACUCUGUGUUUGUUUACUGGUGAGAACGGUUGAGACAUAACCUUAAAGGUACAGUGUGUAGCUUUUAGGGGGAUCUAUUGGCAGUUUUCUUUAGUGUAUAAUGCAAUUUGCGGCCCUUUAACAACCUCAAUCCGGCCCUUUGAUCAUUUAUGAAUAUUAAAAAAAUGUUUUAAAAAAAUAAAUAGUAAUAAUUUCUUCCAAUAAGCGAGUUUAUUACCGUCGGUCAACGUUACCUCUCACAUUAUUGACUGUUAAAAUCAAUAUCAUUGUGUUUUUAUUUAAAUGACCUGCUAAUAUUCUCAGUUUAUGGGUGUUUUAUUAUUAAAACCCAUAUUUUAACCCAGGCUGUUUAAGCAGAGGGAGUUUAGGAGACUUAAAUUGAAUUUCAAAAAGAUGUUAAAUGCAACAUUGUGUUUAUUAAAACAACAACCUACUAAGAUUAAAAAGGUGUAAUGUUUUCACAUUUAAAUUCCUAGCUUUGCAGAUCAGACAUUUCAAAUCUGUCCCUUCUAAAAAAAGAAAAAGUAAUUGAAUAGGCCUGGCGUAUAAUCACCUGAAAAUAAGAAUUGUUGUGUUUCCGUUACCUUAAAAUGAGCCGUUUAUAUCUACAUAUAUCUCUUCACGGAGCCGGCCGCCAUGUUUUUGCUACAGUAGCCCAGAACGGACAAACCAAACACCAGCUCUAGACAGGCCACGGUCGGCCACCGUAGUACUCCUAUAUACGCCCUCGGCACAUGGGAGGCGUUUCAGUUGGUUGCAAUCUGCAACCUCACCACUAGAUGCCGACAAAUCUUACACACUGCACCUUUAAAGCCUUUUGUACGGAACCCCGAGGUGUUCAAUGUGAAAUAAAUUAACAAAUUCAUGUGGAUAAAUUAUGUAAAAUAUAUAAAUGAACCAACAAUUUGUGAAAUAACUGCAAGAAAUUAUUAAAACUGAACUCGUUAUUACGACAUGUUUAUUUCCUCAUUCUUAUUAGAGUUUUAUUGGAGUUCAUUUUUUGAAAUUAUAAAAUAAAAUGUGACAUUAAAAACCAAAAUAUUCUUAAAUAAAAAUAUACUUUUAAAAAUGAAAUGAAAUACAAAUAAACACCAAUAAAACAUUUUCAGAAAUUAUUCCAAAAAUUAUUCAUUUAUACAUUUUUACAAUUUAUUCAUGUAAUUCUUUAUGUCAUAAUCACUUGUUAUAUUGAACACUUUGGGUCUCCACACUCCACACUGAUUUUAUGACUUUGUUUGAAUAUUAAACCAACAUUAAAUAUGACAUGACACCUUUAGGUCAUAAAUAUCCUUUCACACUUAUGCCUACAAUCUGUUUAUAGAUUCAAUUAUAUCCAUAUUUAAUCAAUGCAUGCCUCCAUUUAAACUCAAAUUUUCCAAAGAAAGAAAAUAUCUUUUAUUUUUGAUAUAGUGUAAAUAAAUAGCCAUUUCAUUCAGUACCUGGAAUCUCAUCAGAACGAGCAGAAUGAAUGAAGAUGAAACACUGAAACAACAAAUUAGGAUUAUUUGAACCCCACUAUAAUUGCUCAGACUUCAGGUCAGAUUUGUGGCAUUAAUAUUCACUUAUUCUAACAGUUUAGAAAUAACCAUGCGUGAGUUAGUUUAUUUUAACCGUACAGUGGAAGUGUCUCUUUCGAGUGCCUUUUGGAGGAAAAUAAGCCUAAUUAGCACACGCAGUCAACUUCCUGCUCAUAGAUAAAACUGUGUUUAUCCUGUGAAUAUUAAACGGUAUCACAUUACA